GCGGCGGACACUCGGCGCUCCUUCGCGACGGUUCGGCCGGGUGCCGCUGGCCGCCGUUGCCAGGGUGGGGGUCGCUUUGCGGCAUGGCGAUGGCUGAGGGCGAGCGGACUGAAUGUGCUGAGUCCCCCCGGGACGAGCCCCCGGCUGAUGGCUCUCUGAAGCGGGCAGAGGAGCUCAAGACGCAGGCCAACGACUACUUCAAAGCGAAGGACUACGAGAACGCAAUCAAGUUCUAUAGUCAGGCCAUCGAGCUGAACCCCAGCAAUGCCAUCUACUAUGGCAACCGCAGCCUGGCCUACCUGCGCACCGAGUGCUAUGGCUAUGCCCUGGGUGAUGCCACGCGGGCCAUCGAGAUUGACAAGAAGUACAUCAAGGGCUAUUACCGCCGGGCUGCCAGCAACAUGGCACUGGGCAAGUUCCGGGCUGCCCUACGUGACUAUGAGACGGUGGUGAAGGUGAAGCCCCAUGACAAGGAUGCCAAAAUGAAAUACCAGGAGUGCAACAAGAUCGUGAAGCAAAAAGCCUUUGAGCGGGCAAUUGCAGGCGAUGAGCACAAGCGCUCUGUCGUGGACUCACUGGACAUCGAGAGCAUGACCAUCGAGGAUGAAUACAGCGGGCCCAAGCUUGAGGAUGGCAAAGUGACAGUCACUUUCAUGAAGGAGCUCAUGCAGUGGUACAAGGACCAGAAGAAACUGCACCGAAAGUGCGCCUACCAGAUUCUGGUACAGGUCAAAGAGGUCCUCUCCAAGCUUAGCACACUCGUGGAGACCACACUUAAGGAGACAGAGAAGAUUACAGUGUGCGGGGACACCCAUGGCCAGUUCUAUGACCUCCUCAACAUAUUUGAGCUCAACGGUUUACCCUCAGAGACCAACCCCUAUAUAUUUAAUGGUGACUUUGUGGACCGUGGCUCCUUCUCCGUAGAAGUGAUCCUCACCCUUUUCGGCUUUAAGCUCCUGUACCCGGAUCACUUUCACCUACUUCGAGGCAACCACGAGACAGACAACAUGAACCAGAUCUAUGGAUUCGAGGGCGAGGUGAAGGCCAAGUACACAGCCCAGAUGUACGAGCUCUUCAGCGAGGUGUUUGAGUGGCUCCCGUUGGCCCAGUGCAUCAAUGGCAAAGUGCUGAUCAUGCAUGGAGGCUUGUUUAGUGAAGACGGCGUCACCCUGGAUGAUAUCCGGAAGAUUGAACGGAACCGGCAACCCCCUGAUUCAGGUCCCAUGUGUGACCUGCUCUGGUCAGAUCCGCAGCCUCAGAACGGACGCUCAGUCAGCAAACGGGGAGUGAGCUGCCAGUUUGGGCCCGAUGUCACCAAGGCCUUCCUGGAGGAGAACCACCUGGACUACAUCAUCCGCAGCCACGAGGUCAAGGCUGAGGGCUAUGAGGUGGCACACAGUGGCCGCUGCGUCACCGUCUUUUCCGCCCCCAACUACUGCGAUCAGAUGGGGAACAAAGCCGCCUACAUCCACCUUCAGGGCUCCGACCUGCGGCCCCAGUUCCACCAGUUCACAGCAGUGCCUCACCCCAACGUCAAGCCCAUGGCAUAUGCCAACACGCUGCUGCAGCUGGGAAUGAUGUGAGGCAACGGCGGCCUGUGUCUUGGGGCCCCUCCACCCCCACCCGACCCCAGGCCCAGGCUGGGGGCAGAGCAGGCCCCGCCCCAGGGCAACGUUGGACCCCCUUUUACUUUGUAAAGUUUGUAUUUAUUCCCCUUUAGGUUCGCAGAGGGGGUGGGGGCAGAGUCAGGGGCCGGCCAGAGGGUCUGCUUCCUGGAUAAAGAGGAAGGAGCUGGCGAAGCUGGGGUUGGGGGCACAGCCCGGGCAUUCUGGAGGGAGGCCAGCCUCGGGGCAAGAUGGGGCCAAGCGGCACCCUGCUCCCCUCAAUGCGUGGCUCCUCCCCCGCUAAAGCAAUAGGGCCCUGCCAUAGGAAGACCCCCGGAAAGAGGGUCAUCAGGGAGGCCUCGCCUGCAUCCCCCUCCUGGUAGCCCCAGGGUGGGGCUAGGCUGGGGCCCACCCCCUUCCCCAGCUAUUUUAUGUCUGUAAUUAAAUAUGUUAAAAUAAAGUCAUUAUUGUAUGUCA